AUGGACAGCAAGUCUCAAGCAGCCACAAACUUUAAAGGCGCUGUGUGUCUUGAGGAUGAUAGUUUGAAGAAGAAAGAACAAGAAGCAGGCUGUGCUAAACCCAGCCGUAAGUGCCCGUUUGAGGCAUAUUUAGAAAAGUGCACACGAUUAGAGAAGGAAAACCUAGAGGUUAAGAAGAAGCUCGAAAAGAUGGAGACCUACUCAAGAGAAUGCAAAACAGAGCUGCAGAAAUUUGUGAAGAGGUUUAAAGGGUUUAAAAACAUAAACAAGGACCUGGAUACAAAAAAUAAACAACUUCUGAUUAAAAACCAGCAAAUGAGGCAAAGAAUAACGGAGGUCUUGAAGCAGAACAGACCUCAGUCUGAAGAUGUGCAGAGUCAGGAGAAGAAACAAGUAAGAGAAACAGAGAGGGUAAGCAACUUAACAGAACCAGUCCGGAAGUCUCAUGGAACGAAACAGGAUUCAGAAAUAACCGAAGAGAGGAAGAUCCUAACUCAGCUACAACAGGAAAAUCAGGCUCUAAGAGAGAGACUGGACCGCAGCGGUCAAGUCAUAAAAGAUGCUGAAAGUAGAGCAGAGAGAGUUCAGGAGGAGCUGGACGUACUAGAGAGCUGCCUGCUCACUGUGCAGACUGAGAGGAAUCUCCUGCGGCAGGAAGUAAAGAGGCUUCAUAAGGAAUAUAUCAGCCUUACUAACAUCAUCUCAGUGCAGCUGAAAGAAAACAACAAAGCUGCCGGUCUCAGGGAAACCCCUGAGAGCCCUUUACGGUUCACCACGGUAAAGCCCACCAGCUCAGCAUCCAGGUAA